GGCCAAUGCUCUCGGACUCGGAGGGCAGAAGACAAGCGCAGGCAAUUUGCAUCGAGGGCGAUGGCUGACAUGAUGGUCGAGGAACUUUAGCCUUAGGCCAGUGCGAUUGGGACUCCCCGAAAGGAGAGUCGAUGUUUUGUGCACUGCGAAAUCCUGUUUGUGCUCCAGUUAUUCGUGGAACAGACAACGGAUCUGUGGAUGCAAAGUGAGGGGUGCGCAACCGCCACGCAGAGUACUUCAACAAGACCAGAAUACGUCGUAGGCUUAAUUGUACACAUCAGGGAGAGGUUCUCAUCUUCAGAUGCUUGACUUUACCCAUUCCGUCAUCCGCACCCCUCAGGAGAAGACACGCCUUACAUUAGUCAAGAAACUGGGCUCAUCACAAACUGAGUAGGUGGCCAUUGCAAGGUAGCGCUUAUGCGGUGUUCCUGGGGCUUCGCUUUCUAAGUGUCUGCAAGAGCCCAGUCUGUGCUGAGGAUGGAUUGGUUUGACAAACUCAUUGAUAGGUUCAUCCCUAAGAAGCCUUUUGGAAGGCAGAGGCUGCAUGUGGAUGUAGGGAGUCCUCGAGCAGCUUCGCUGCAGAGGGCUAUGAGCAUGAGUUCAUCACCUUAUCAGCCAGCGCACCGCACGAUACCGGUCAACGAUCGCUCUCCGGGCACGCCAUCCCCAUUCAAGGGCAACUCGGUGUCAACGACGAAAUACAAUGUUGUCACGUUCCUUCCCAAGGGGCUGUUUGAGCAGUUCCGGCGGGUUGCAAAUCUGUACUUCUUGGUCAUUGCAAUCCUUUCGGCGACCCCUAUCAGCCCCGUGAAUCCCCUCACAAACAUUGGGCCCCUGAUCUUAGUGCUGGCAGUCUCGUUAACGAAGGAAGCGUUUGAGGACCGGAAACGUUACAAGAGCGAUAAGAUCAUCAACGCAAGCUUGACUGAGGUUCUGAGAGGACGGGAGUGGGUACAAAUCCCUUGGAGUGCACUUACAGUCGGGGAUGUUGUGCGGGUGAAGAAUGACACCUACUUCCCGGCUGACAUGAUCUGCCUGGCCACGACGAACCCGGAUGGAAUCUGCUAUGUUGAGACGAUGAACCUGGACGGCGAGACGAAUUUGAAGAUUAGGAAGGCGAUGGAACGGACUUGGGAGUACGUCACCGCAGAAGCGGCGGCCGAGUUCAAGAACGCGGCCAUUGAGUGCGAGCUGCCCAACAAUUCGCUGUACACCUUCGUGGGGAACCUGAUGGUCGGCAAGCAAGUGCUGCCGCUGUCGCCGAACCAGAUCCUGCUCCGGGGUUGCAGCCUCCGGAACACGGAGCACGUUGUUGGGGUGAUAAUAUUCACUGGGCACGAGACGAAGGUGAUGAUGAACGCCAUGGAUGUGCCGUCCAAGCGCAGCACGCUUGAGAAGAAGCUCGACAGGCUCAUCAUCACCCUCUUCAUCGUCCUGUUCGCCAUGUGUUUCAUUGGCGCCGUUGGCAGUGCCCUCUUCGUCGACGACAAGCAAUGGUACUUGAGGAUGAGGAGCGCGGAUGCGCAGUUCAACCCGAAGAACCGCUUCUUUGUCUUCUUGCUUACAUUUCUCACGCUGGUCACCCUCUACUCGACCAUCAUCCCCAUCUCCCUCUAUGUGUCAAUCGAGAUGAUCAAGUUCAUCCAGUCGACCCAGUUCAUCAACAAGGAUCUCAACAUGUACCACCGCGAGUCGGACACGCCCGCGCUCGCGCGGACAUCCAACCUGAACGAGGAGCUCGGACAGAUUGAGUACAUCUUCUCGGACAAGACCGGCACGCUCACGCGCAACCUCAUGGAGUUUUUCAAGUGCUCCAUCGCGGGAGUGAUGUACGGAACCGGAGUCACGGAGAUUCAGCGAGCGGCCGCGGUGCGCACAGGCAUCGAGUUGGAAGAGUUGGUGCCGUCGGGCGCGCGCGUGCAGGAGAAGGGUUUCAACUUCGAGGACCGGAAGCUGAUGAAGGGGGCGUGGCGGGCGGAGCCGGAGGCGGAGACAAUCAAGGAGUUCUUCCGAUUGCUGGCGAUCUGCCACACAGUCCUCCCUGAGGGGGGGGACACGCCCGACUCCGUUGUGUACCAGGCCGCGUCCCCCGACGAGGCGGCGCUCGUGGUCGCCGCCAAGAACUUCGGCUUCUUCUUCUACCGGCGCACGCCGGCUACGAUCCGUGUGCAGGAGUCGCACGUGGAGAAGCUGGGGCGCAUCCAGGACCUCGAGUACGAGGUGCUCAACGUGCUCGAGUUCAACAGCACGCGCAAGCGCCAGUCCGUCAUCUGCCGGCACCCCUCCGGCCGCCUCGUGCUCUACUGCAAGGGCGCCGACACCGUCAUCUACGAGCGCCUCGCCGCGAACGGCAACAAGUACGCUGACAUCACGCGGCGCCACCUGGAGUCGUACGGCGCGGACGGCCUCCGGACGCUCUGCCUCGCGUAUGCGGACCUGGACCCCAACUUUUACGAGGAGUGGAACGAGAAGUUCAUCGCGGCGAAGAGCUCGUUGCGGGACCGGGAGAAGAAGCUAGACGAGGUUGCAGAGCUGAUUGAGAAGGAUUUGAUACUUUUGGGUGCGACGGCGAUCGAGGAUAAGCUGCAGGAGGGGGUACCGCAGUGCAUUGAGACGCUGCGGCACGCGGGUAUCAAGAUCUGGGUGCUCACGGGGGAUAAGCUGGAGACGGCGAUCAACAUCGCGUAUGCCUGCAAUCUGCUCACGAACGACCAGAAGAAGUUCAUCGUCAGCUCGGAGACGAAUGAGAUUCUGAAGGCCGAAGAGGAGAUGAGCCCAGCUCAGGCGAUGGCGGUCAUUAAGGCGAACGUCAGAAAUGCACUGGUGGAUGCCCUCCGGCAAGCGCAGCGGCACGCGAUUGCAGAUGACGGAAUGGAGUUGGCGCUGGUCAUCGAUGGCAAGUGCUUGAUGUACGCGUUGGACCCCGCCCUGCGAGGGACCCUGCUACACCUGGGGAUGCUCUGCAAGGCCGUCGUGUGCUGUCGAGUGUCCCCUCUCCAAAAAGCGCAGGUGACGGCCCUCAUCCGGGACAACGCGGGGAAGAUCACGCUGAGCAUCGGCGACGGCGCCAAUGACGUCAGCAUGAUCCAGGCGGCGCACAUCGGGGUGGGCAUCAGCGGGCAGGAGGGCAUGCAGGCGGUAAUGGCCAGCGACUUCGCCAUAGCGCAGUUCCGCUUCCUGACGGAUCUUCUUUUGGUGCACGGCCGGUGGUCGUACACACGGAUUGCAAAGGUGGUUGGUUACUUUUUCUACAAGAACAUCGCGUUCACGCUGACCCAGUUCUGGUUCAACAUGUACACCGGCUACUCGGGCGAGCGCUUGUACGACGACUGGUACCAGUCGCUCUACAACGUCGUCUUCACCGCGCUGCCCGUCAUCGUCGUAGGCAUUUUCGACCAGGACGUCGACGCAAAGCGGUCAAAGAAGUAUCCGCAGCUGUACGAGGCUGGCCAGCGAAACCUCUACUUCAACUGGACGACUCUGCUGACGUGGCUCGUGAUGGGCAUUUACCAGUCCGGGAUCUUCUUCUACUUCCCGCUCCUCAUCUUCAAGGGCCCCCUGAGCUCUUCCGGCAAGACGCUGGGCCUAUGGGACGUGGGCACCAUGGCCUUCACCUGCAUCGUCAUCACCGUCAACGCGCGCCUGCUUAUGGCGUGCACCUUCCAAACCCGGUGGCACCACAUAAGUAUAUGGGGAAGCAUCGGCUUAUGGUUCGCCUUUAUCUUCGUGUACUGUGCGGUCCGGCCCGGCGCCACAACCGUGGAUAAGCAGGACAACAUUUUCAAUGUAAUAUAUCUCCUUAUGUCCACCUUGGAGUUUUACCUGACGGCGCUCUUGGUCCCGGUCGUGGCUUUAGGUGCCGACUUUUUGAUGGCCGGCGUCCAGCGGUGGUUUAUGCCGUAUGACUACCAGAUUAUCCAAGAGCAGGAAAAGAAGCACGAGGGCGCGCCCGAGAUUGAGAUGGAGAGCGCACCGCUGUCGGCGAUGCACCUGGAGACGGGCAUGACGCCCGCGGACGAGCGCUCGGCCGCCAUGGCGAUGAUGCCGGGCCUGCCGUCUGGCCGACAUACGGGUUUCUCCUUCGACACGCCCGGCUUCCAGUCGUUCUUUGCGGAUCAGCAGGGCUAUCAUCAAGACGAGAAAUCUUGGGACAUAGCCCGGCGGGCUAGUAUGGUGCAUAGACGCGUCGAUAGACCUAGCGGUUCAGGAGGGCAAGGCCUGAGCCCGCUCGCAAGGUCCGCCCCGUCUAAAGGAGUCGAUCGGAGGUAGACGGCAGGUCUUUGAGUUUUUGAACAUGUUGGCUACUUGAGACUUUUAUAUAUUCAGGAACGAUGUCAAUAUGCCCAAGGUUACUGGGUGCUUGAAUCCAUGCCGCG